CCUGGGCCAAUUGCCAAAGGAAACGUCUGCAAUGAAUGUUAGGUCCCUCCUUGCUCUCGAAAAUGCGGGAGUUCUUGUGCGCCGUCUUCUUGCUUGCAACUGCAGAGCUUGAAAAGAAGCGCGUCUUAAGAAGGUUGUUGCGUGGUCCGAUAUCUUUAUUUUCCGCGUUGCUCGACUGCGCUUUCCCUUUGAGUCCGCAGCGCGGAGACUUCAACGUUAUUAGCGCGCAUCUCAAAUCUGGUCUUUAGUAAAACUCCAGUCAGCCCUUAACAUUUAUUGUGAGCGGUCGAAUUAGACUUUAAAGAAAAGCCGAAGUAGACGCGGGCUUGGCCUUGAAAUAUGGACAGGGGCUUUUUCCCACGAAGGCAGAGGUUCCCCAGAAGACACCAUGAUCAGUGGUUUCAGCAGAAUUAUAUACCAAAUGAAAACUUUUGGAUGGAUCCUUGGGACAUGCCACAGAAUCAGUUUCCAGAGAGACCCCCUCCAUGGUGGAACCAUCACUAUCCAGAGCAAGAGAGGCCCUACAACGUCGGUUUUGAUAAUAACACCCGGGGUUCCUACCAUAGCCAUCCUUACCGUGGUCGUUUUUGUACAAGAUCUAAAAAGACCUUGAAAGGAAGAGGUAAUUUUCAAAACCAAUCAAGUUCUUCCUUCUCAAUCAAUGUGCCGCCAAAGAAAACAUUUGAGAAGGUGAAAGAACAGCCAGAAGAUUCCAAGGAAUUUAAACAGGACAAGGUAAAUACUGCAACUUCACUGAAUAAUAGGAAAGGAUUUAGAAUAUUUGUCAAACCAAAAGAUAGUCAGCCUGACGAAGAAUCUCUUAGCCAGACUGACUCUGUUGUUUCUGCUGAAGUUGUUGCAAAAGAAGAAUCACCAUCUGGAAUUACAAAAAUCCCUCUUCACACCCAGAAUGAAGAUAUUGUAUUGCAACUUCAAGAUAAACAGAAAGAUUGUGAGGUCACUGAAGAUCAUCUCAGUCAGGCUGUCUCUAUAUUGUCUCCUGGAGUAUCCACAGAAGAUAAAACAUCAUCUUGUAGCACAGAAGUCUUUCAAAACAUUGAGGAGAAAGAUUCUAUAUUGCUGCAAGCCAGCCAGUCGGCACAAGAUUCCAGCCAUGGUUUUUCAACCACAGCUGUAGAAAUAUCAUUCCUGUCAGAGAAUGCUAAUGAUGAUCAGUGUGAGAGAAGAGAAGAAAUUGAGCUGGUUGUUGCUCCAGCUCUUGAUUCUUCCAGCCUUCCAAGUACCCUCAAUGAUAUUCGCUGUGUACCUGUGCUAAUGAGAAGAAAAGUUAUCGAAUUGGCUGAAAACCAGAAAGCAUGGGCACCUGAAGAUUAUCAGGAGCCAUCCUGGAAUGUGAACCAAGCUGACCAGUAUCUCAAUGUCUCUGAAUGUUACAAAGACUCAGUGUCUACUUCUAUUUCUUCUAAUGGAAAUCGUAAUAUUGAAAGCCUGGUAAAAUCCAAGUCUUGUUCUCCAAGGAUUCGUCACAGCAUCAAUUCCAAGCAUUCUAGUACAAAUCAGACCUCAAGAGACUUAUGUUGUCAAAGUCCAAAAUCCUACGUCAGGCAAGAGUGUAGCUCAAGAUCUUUUGGCAAGCGAGAGCUGUCCACUGAAAGACAGGACAGAAGUUCAAAAUUAUCCUGUAGGCGAGAACGUAAUUCAGGAUCUUCCCACAAACAAGAAGUCUCUCCUCAAAGAAAAAAGCAUACAUCAAAAUCUCCUUACAGUCAAGAACAUUCUUCUCAGAAAUGGGACCGUAACCCAAAAACCUCUCUCAUGCAAGAACAUAGUGUGAAAUCAACGCACAAGCAAAAGCAUAGUUCAAGUUCUCCUCCAAAAAUGAAAGAAAAUUCAAAAUCUCAGAAGCUGGAUAGGUGGAAAGAGAAAAAGUCUGGAAGAAGUUGUUGCUGCCAUUGUAAUUACCAUUGUCAACAGAGCUGCAGUCCAUCCCGAGAGAGUUUGUGGCAUAGAUGUUGCUCUCCUUCUUACUUAACUUGCAAAAUAGAACACCUCAAUGUUUCCAAAGAAAUAGGAAAUGUCUAUGGAACGCCAUACCACCUUUCUCCAGAGAAGUCCAUUGUGAAUAAAAAGGAAAUAAGAGGGAGCAGACAAGUGGUGGCACCUAAGAUACCGGUAGUUGAAAAGAAAAGAAAAAGAGCAAAAUCAAGGACUGGAAGAAAGCCUUUGAAGUCAUCAACCAAAAAGAAGAGGACAAGCUCUCCUUGCCACCUUAAUGCUGAAGAAGAAACUUCAGUCCCAUCCUGGACUCCUAAGGACCGAUCUGCAGCAGUGCUGGCAAGAAAAGAAGAGCUUGAACAGGCCUACCUGCAGGUCCUUCUCAACUUUGGAGUAAUAGCCAUCAUGCUGGUGGAAAAGGAACCCUGCAUGAUAGAAGCAAUGAGCUCAGCACUACGAGCUAACCUGAGAAAGAUUGGUGACUACUAUGAAUGCCUGCUAAAGAACUACAUUGACAGCUUAACUGAAGCCAAUUGAGAAGACAUCACACUGGCAAAUCUACCUACUGUACCUGAAGCCUUUUCUAAGACAGUUAAUGGGAGGAAGCUUUCUGUUCUUCAGGCCCGGGAUAAAUGAUGGCCUUGGAGAAAGCCUCCUUUUGGCCGUAGAGCUGAGAAACCCCUUUCUCCCGCAGGGCGCAUAAGUGACAGCUAGAAGAUUUGAAAGUAUUAUUGUAAUAUCAAUCCAGGGACUUUGGAAGAGAAAAUUGGGAGGAGGGAGGCACAAAGGAUAAACAGAGGAGUGUGAUGCCUAACGAAUUCUGAAUGGCUUUGGUAACUCAGGUCAGGUGGUAACUG